AACAGGGGAGGGACGCAGCCCGCCGCUUACCUGGCUGCCAUUAACCUGUUAUUGGUAAACCAGCCAGAUCACGUGGUCAGCCAAGCCAAGAACAACAUUCAUCUUCUUCUCUUUUUUUUUUUUUUUUUUUAACGGGAGGUGAUUUCUCUGCGACCGUAAUCGUGGAGGAUGCUGCUGAUGAUGCUGCUGCUGUGAGGCGACAUCUCUCUCUCUCUCUCUCUCUCUCUCUCUCUCUCUCUCCUGCCUGUUUGCAGAGCUCCUCCUCUAUCGUCGGCGCAAGUGGUCACAUUUUUUGUGUGUGUGUGUGCGCGUGUGUGUUUGUGUGGCUCAAUGAGAGCAAGAGGGCACCGGAGAGGAUUUCCUAAUCUCCGCGUGCAGCCGAGCCGCGCGCAUGUUUUGCCCUGUCGCCUCCAUCAAAGUAAAGCCUGAUGUGAUGAAACUGGAUACCGGAAAGCACGGAAAACCUUCUCAUCUUAUUUGAAUCUGAGGGCAAUGCAAUGAUUGGCUCCACAAAGUCCCUAACCAUCCAUUAAGAGCGAGGACACCGAGAGCUGCACCAACAUGGCUUCAGACGAGCCCGGCAUGGAUUCCCCAGAGAAAAGGUCUGCAGACGGUCCCGGCUGUACGCAGCUGGGACGGAGGUAUCUGCGGAAAAAGCUCCGGCCUGUGCGGGUGUUGGGGUUGGUCAUCAGCCUGGUGGCUUUAAGUGCCGUCUCUAUAAGUGCCUUGAGCAGGAGUUCAAAUGGGUACAGCGAGCCAUCCUCCCCCCAGGUGGCUCCUCAGCAGUCAGCCCCACACAGGACCCUACUUUUCACCCCUCAACAGGGCGACCCAAACGUCUCCGUUGAUAUGCCCAUAGCCAUGAAAUCCACAGCAGACGACAAUAAGACACAGGGGGAUUACCCGCGGGACCUUUUCACCCGCGAGGAGAGACGGCAGGGAGCAGUGGUCCUCCACAUGUUUGGCAUGAUCUACAUGUUCAUCGCCUUAGCCAUCGUGUGCGACGAGUUCUUUGUUCCAGCGCUGACGGUGAUCACCGAGAAGCUCUCCAUCUCGGACGACGUGGCGGGUGCCACCUUCAUGGCGGCGGGCGGUUCGGCCCCGGAGCUCUUCACCUCCAUCAUUGGGGUCUUCAUCUCGCACAGCAACGUGGGCAUCGGCACCAUCGUGGGCUCAGCCGUCUUCAACAUCCUCUUCGUCAUCGGGAUGUGCGCCAUCUUCUCCAAAGAGAUCCUCAACCUGACGUGGUGGCCGCUGUUCCGCGACGUGUCUUUCUACAUCCUGGAUCUGAUCAUGCUCAUCAUUUUCUUUUUGGAUAACGUCAUCUCCAUCUGGGAAAGUAUCACGCUGCUCUCCGCCUACGCCGCCUACGUGAUCUUCAUGAAGUUCAACAGCACGGUCGAGGGCUUCGUCAAGGGUUGCAUGCACAAGAACCAAGUGGUGGAAGUGGAGGUACAGCCCAAGGAUGAGAAGUUGAGCCCCGGGGCGCCAGAGGACGAUGGCAAGUUGUCGGCCAGGCCUCGCCUGCAAAGGGGAGGUAGCUCCGCCUCCUUGCACAACAGUUUGAUGAGGAACAGCAUUUUCCAGCUGAUGAUUCACACGCUGGACCCUUUAAGUGAAGAAUUUGCUGACUCUGAGCUUGGGACUUAUGGGAAACUAAAAUAUUAUCACUCAAUGACUGAGGAAGGUAAAUUUCGUGAGAAGGCAUCUAUCCUUCACAAGAUUGCUAAAAAGAAAUGCCAAGUGGAGGACAGCGAGAAGGCCAAUGGAGUAGCAAGCCGUGCAGAGAAGAACCUUCCCAACAGCUCCAGCGUGGAAGUGGAGGUGACCCCACCCAUGAACGGCACCGCUGGCCAGGAGGGGGAGACGGCUGAAGAUGAGGAGGAGGAGGACCAGCCUCUCAGCCUGUCCUGGCCCGAAACCAACCGCAAGCGCUUCACCUACCUGGUUAUCAUGCCCAUUGUCCUUCCCCUGUGGCUAACUCUUCCUGAUGUCAGGAAAACGUCGUCACAAAAGUUCUUCCCCGUCACAUUCCUGGGGGCCAUCUGCUGGAUUGCAGUAUUCUCCUACCUAAUGGUGUGGUGGGCUCACCAGGUUGGCGAAACCAUCGGGAUUACAGAGGAGAUUAUGGGUCUGACUAUAUUAGCAGCUGGAACCUCCAUCCCUGACCUCAUCACCAGUGUUAUUGUGGCACGUAAGGGGCUGGGUGACAUGGCUGUGUCCAGCUCUGUGGGAUCCAACAUCUUUGACAUUACUGUCGGACUGCCGUUCCCCUGGCUCAUGUGGUCCAUGUUCCGCGGCUUCAUCCCAGUGCAGGUCAGCUCCAACGGCCUCUUCUGCGCCAUCGUGCUCCUCUUCCUCAUGCUGCUCUUCGUCAUCAUCUCCAUCGCCGCGUGCAAGUGGCGCAUGAGCAAGCUCCUGGGCUUCAUCAUGUUCAUGCUGUACCUCGUCUUCCUGGUGGUGAGCGUCAUGCUGGAGGACCGGGUGAUCACCUGCCCCGUUUCCAUCUGAGCGACGGCGCCGAGGAGCGGCCCCUCUCCUCGCCCCGGCCCCGUCACCGUCCCACGGCCCUCCACACAGUCGAUCUCACCCGACCCUCAUCAUUCCCCCCCACCCCCCCCCCCCCC